ACCGUACCGACACUGCAGUCUCUUCCUGGAACAAACCAUUCGACCACCAGUAGAGGGGGGCGAUUUCGGUGUAGACAAAUACAGGAAAUGCCGAGGUAGGCUAUUGUGUCAAAAGUGUCCCCGCCGGAACCAGUCAUGGGUGAGCAGUUCCCACAACAAGGAGAACUGUUGCUUAAAAAGUUCCACCAAGAGAGCUUCCCCAAUGGGAAGGAAGCCACCAAAGACGGCCUGCAUGCCAGAGGCCAGUGGGCUAGCAAGGCUGAGUUCCUCCUGGCUGUGGCAGGGCAGAUCAUUGGCCUGGGCAACAUCUGGAGGUUUCCCUACCUCUGCUACAAGAAUGGAGGAGGUGUGUUUUUUGUACCUUACUUGUUGUUCCUGGUGCUGUGUGGCGUCCCCCUGUUCCUCCUGGAGACCUCGCUGGGGCAAUACACCAGCCUGGGAGGUGUCAGCGCCUGGAGGACUAUCUGCCCAUUAUUUGGAGGUCUUGGUUACGCCAGCCAGGUGAUCAUCCUGCAUGGCUGCGUGUACUACAUUGUCAUACUAGCCUGGGCUCUCUUCUACCUAUCCUAUAGCUUCCAGGCCGAGCUGCCCUGGUCACACUGUAACAACACGUGGAACACCGAGGCUUGUGUCCUGUUUGACCACCACAAUCAGACAACUAGUGCAAGGAGCCAGCUUGUAAACGCCACAUCUCCUGUCACGGAGUUUUGGGAGCGGGAGGUACUCCGUCUCUCCAGCAGUUUGGAUGAGCUGGGACCAAUCAGCUGGAAGUUGGCUCUGUGUCUGGCCAUCAUCUGGCUUGUGUGUUACUUUUGUGUCUGGAAGGGAGUCAAGUCUACAGGAAAGGUGGUGUACCUGACAGCGACCUUCCCAUAUGUCAUGCUGUUUGUGCUGCUAGUGCGUGGUGCCACUCUGCCUGGAGCGACCCAGGGCAUCAUCUACUACCUCAAACCCAACCCUGCCCGGCUGGCAGAUCCACAGGUGUGGAUGGAUGCAGGUACUCAGAUAUUUUUCUCUUAUGGAAUCUGCUUGGGAAGCCUCACAGCCCUGGGCAGUUACAACAAAUACAACAAUGACUGCUAUAAAGAUUCCUUCCUUCUGUGCCUCCUGAACAGCAGCACCAGUUUCCUGGCAGGUUUCGCUAUCUUCUCGGUGCUGGGCUUCAUGGCUGAGGAGCAGGGUGUGGACAUAGCCACUGUUGCCCAGUCAGGGCCUGGCCUCGCCUUCAUCGUCUACCCAAGAGCUGUAGCCAUGAUGCCGCUACCUCAGCUCUGGGCUGUGUGCUUCUUCCUCAUGAUCAUCAUGCUGGGCCUGGACACACAGUUUGUGAGUCUGGAGGCACUGAUGACGUCAGUGACUGACCUGUACCCUCAUGUGAUCAGACGAGGCCACCGCAGAGAGUUGCUGCUGCUGUUUGUCUGCGUCAUUUGCUUCCUCGUAGGACUGGUCAUGGUCACGCCAGGGGGUCUGUAUGUGUUCCAGAUCUAUGACCAUUUCUCCUGCAGCGGAGCCACGCUGCUGCUCCUCUCCAUCUUCCAGUCUCUGGCCAUCGGCUGGGUGUAUGGAGCCGAGCGCUUCAGUGCCAACAUCAGGGAUAUGACUGGCCACACCCCCGUGUCUGCCUUCAACCUGUGCUGGAAAUACUUGACCCCAGCUGUGUGCACGGCUACCUUUCUGUUUUCCCUGGUGCGCUGGUUUCCGUUGAGCCUGGGGAAAGACCUGGUUGCUCCAGUCUGGGCCACCAUGCUGGGCUGGUUCCUUACCCUCUCUUCUGUCUCUCUGCUCCCCAUCUGGGCCAUCUACGCCCUGGCCACCACUCCAGGAACCCUGCAGCAGCGCUUCCAGCACCUCUGCAGCCCUGCCAAAACCUCAUCACUGGCCUUCCACAACUCAGCACUCCCAAACAGCCCAGCACUCCCCCUGACUGAGAAGCCAAAGGUCACAUCAUCCACGGUGCUGUGAGGUCAUGAUGGUUAGCGACGAUGUCACACUGGGUGCUUCUCAGCAUUCAGGUGUAACGAGGGGUAUGGUCGAAAUUCAAGUUGCUGCUGCUGAGUCCCAGUAGAGAGGCUGAAUUUUUGUUAGUCUUUAUCCAUAGACUAAAUAGCCAAUAGGGAAAACCCCCAGUUACCAACUAUCAAUGGUAUUUUUAAAAACUCUAGUUUCUUUUUUAAAUUGGUCAAUUUAGUCACUGUAUUUAUUGACCAUUUAAUCGCACAACCCUAUAAAUACCCAUGUCACAGGGUGAAGCUAACUGGCAAAGCUAAAGUUAAGCCUAUUGUUAAGCCAGGAUUAGAGUUACCACUGUGCUCUCUAUGAGAGAUCACUGUUUCUGUUAGUAUGUUCGCUUAGCUUUGACUCCAUAGUAUGUUCAGAUGCAGGUGUCAUCUGACAUGCCUUCAUCAGUCAGAUGUUUUACAUGACGAUUUGUCUGCACAUUUUGUAUAUGUACCACUCAGUCAUAGAGUUUGAAUGGUUCUUAACGUGCCUUACACCCAGAACAAAUGGUCCUAAUGCAAACACUGCAUUAACCAAAUAUUACUUUUCAACUCUAAUACCUCAAACUCUCAACUUGAUGUCAUGGUUAUCACUGGCAGAAGGAUUGAAAUGUGCACUAAGAGUUUUCAUAUCUUACACACAUCUUUGAAAGUAGUUUGUACUUGUGUGAGUUGUGCAGUUUCUGCACAAGUAAAAAGCUUUAUUAAAAUCUUUUUGCACUGUACCACAGAGAACUCGCUGAUCACUCACCAAGCUGGAAAUAUAUCAGUACCAUAUAGCAAAACUGCUGCUGCUGUCCCAAGUAUUUUGUUCUGUGCACCAAGUGUUUAAUGUGAUGCACAGAACAAAACCUUUAAUAAGAAGAUACAGUAACUCUGUAGUGUGAUUAUAUUUGUAGAGGAAUUUAUAGUGUCUUUAAAUGCCCUCUAUGCCGUGUGUGUUGUUGUGUGUAUAUGCAACCCAUGGCUCCCAAGCUGCAUGCAGCUCUUUAGCCCCUCUCUAGUGGCUCCCUGCCUCAAAGGCUAGAGCUAAGUAGAGCUAGCUAACUGGCAUGUUAGCAGGUCAUCACAUCUUCAAAAACGUCUGAGCAAAUUCCAAAAAUUGGUGGUAUUUGGAUCGACUAAUCACAUAUUCAAAAACUGGGCGGUUGUUUUCUCAACUGAAACAAUAUCAAAACUUAAGAUAAUCAUAUAAUUACAGUCCUAGGAUGAAAAUUAUAACAGCUUUAAGUCUGUCCUUCCACCAAUGGGAUGACAUGGGAAAACAUAUUGUCCAUCGCUUCCAUUUACUUCAAAGUUAUGUAGAGUAGGCCAUCUGGAUACUACUCAUGUAUAAAGGGUGAUAUCAGACCGGAUACCUGAUACUGGUAUCGGUAUAUCCCUAUUUAUAGCCUCUCCUGAAGCAGAUACCGGAUAGUGUGACAGACAGCCCUGUGUGUUCUCAGGUGAUACUUACAUCUGGAUUCUGUUGUAUUCAAAAUCCUGUUCUGCUGUCCUGGGGGGACUGCUGUGCUGUCUGUGAACAAAUCAUCUAUCAGUCAACAAUCUGAUUAGUUGUUCACAGGGCUGUAUUUUAAAGACACUUUCCCCUCACCUGCCUGGCUGACAAAACUUCAGAAAAACAAAAAAACAUGAAGUAACAGUAUUCAAUACAAAGCACAAUGACAACAAGACAAACUAAAAUAACUGAGCCUAAAACAGCUGAUACUUUUCAUAAUACACACUGUAUGAUCAUCACCCUGCAGUAACACUGCUCCUGCAACUCUUGGAUGCAGCUGAAAAUAAAGAAGUAUGAACCACUUUCAUAGUACUGUUACAUGAACUAAGAGAUGGGACUGCCUCAUUUUUGACCAUUUGUAUGUACGAAUCUUGGUGAGGGUCUAAAUUUUAAUGGCCACACUAACAAAAUCAUCAUUCUGGCAUCUUAAAAACA